GCCGGCGCCCCUUCUACGGAAGACAAUACGGGCUCAGAACACCAACGCGCACGCACAGCGGACUGACCCCUCCAUCACUCGAACCUUCCAAGGCAGACUCGCUGGCGGAGCACAUGCUUGACCCCCUAAUUCGCGAUUUCCACCGGAUGGCCGAUUCGCUUGAAGUCCUGAUAUCGGACAGUUUGACACAAUCGACACAUAUGUCGGAUUGGACCGACCAUAACCGUGAUGUCGGAGAUUCUGCGCUCGUCGCUGCUGCCGUUCGUCUGAGAACAUGACCGACUCUGACGGCUCUUGGCCUGCCGAGAGCCAGCAACUAUUUUGGGAUGCCUUGAACAAAGUCUUAUCCUCAACCUGCGCAACGCCCGAACAGCUCGACGAGACCCUGCGCUCAUGGCUAAAUUUGGUCUCCAAGGCUCGAGACGAUUAUCUCGAAAGCGAAGAUGAUGUCGCCCGUUGUUCCGAAAUGCUCCUGGAGAGCCAAAUUUUUCGCAACAACAGUAACUAUGUGCGGACCCAGAUAAUCUACAGCCUUCUGCAGGAGGACGAGUUUGCCCAGCUUCACGUGUACGCCAACUUCCUUCUUCUCGCUGGUCGGACCGAAGAGGAUACAUUUCGGGCCAUGAUACAUGAAGGAUGUUUUGUCCGAUUGCUUGAGCUCAUCAAGAGCUGUGGGGGUAGAGACGGGCGUCUGCACCGGUUACUGCUACAGUUGAUGUAUGAGAUGUCGCGUAUCGAGCGCCUGCGUCCCGAAGACCUGCUACAAGUUGACGAUAACUUCGUCAUGUACCUGUUCCAACUCAUUGAGGCUCUGUCGGACGAUGUCAACGACCCCUACCACUAUGCGGUGAUACGAGUUUUGCUGGUAUUGAACGAACAGUACAUGGUUGCCUCUACUUCAGCAGCCGUGGAUCCGAAUUCUCCCACAGUACCCGUCACGAACAGGGUGGUUAAGGUGCUCAGUGUCCAUGGCCCGUCGUUCCGGACUUUUGGGGAGAAUAUCAUCUUAUUACUGAACCGAGAAACCGAGACCUCGCAACAACUGCUCAUCCUCAAGCUGCUGUACCUUUUAUUCACAACGGCUGCGACCUACGAGUACUUCUACCUCAACGACCUGCGGGUCUUGCUGGAUGUCAUCAUCCGCAAUUUGUUGGAUCUUCCUUCCGAAGCCAACAUUUUACGACAUACAUAUUUGAGGGUAUUGGCUCCAUUACUCUCUCAUACCCAGCUGAGCCAUCCUCCUCAUUACAAGCGGGACCAGAUCCUGAGCUUGCUCGAGAUACUACGCGGCACAGGCAACGCCCAUUUCACGCCACCAGAACCGACGACAUUGCGCUUACUCGAACGAGUAGCAAAAACGCCGUGGCUGGUCGCCGACGAGCCAAGCUCAACGAAUCUCAGUCCCGUGGGCAGCCUUACGCACUCCCAAACAGGCAGCUCUGUAAGCGUUGUGGCCAAUGUGUUGGAGAAACCGGGAGUCCAGACGCCUAGUCGGAAGCUGGGGUUGGGACUGGUUUCCAAGGAUACGGGGCUUCCCACGCCGGCUGAAGGUAGUCCAUCUAGGCCUAAGCCGCCGCCGCCGCCUAGAGCGUUGAGACCGAAGACGUCGUUGCCGGAAGUGCCCAAACAUCGCCACGGUUCGCCUAUUGUCCACCCGUCGGUCACUGACGUUCACGUCAACGGUAACGGGCAGAAGAAACCACCACCAAAGAUCCCCCCGCCUAGAAGGAAAGCAAAGGUUUUGGCUGCGACGGGAGGUGACGCUCGCACGAUGAGCGAGUCGUUGCCCACACCAGAUCCGACAACUUCUGUGUCUUGAAGCAUUGACUGCGAGUUAUUGCGUCAUUGGAGACAUGCUGCAUUUGCUUCUCGUGGUAUUCGAACGUUGGAUAACUUCCAUCGGUAAUUAGUCCAUGUCUACUGUUUAAUGAUAUAUUGAUGGUGCUCAGACGAAGCGUUGUGAGAGGAAGGAUUGGGCCAGGGUCAAGAGUCAUAGACAAGGCGGGUGGGACUAAAACGUGUUCCGCGAUCCCAUCGAAGACACCAAAGGACAAGAUCUGGCAUGGCAACACAUGGCGUUUUGUGGGGAAGGAAAUUGAUCAUAGAUUAUUCGUAGCUGUACCUCACCACAUAGCAAUCGAACAAGGAAGGCUAUGAGCGGCUUUCCAUUUCGAGCCUUAUUAGAUGAGCGAGCGUGGCCAAGAAACCGG